AUGAACACAACCAACGAGGAGGAAUAUACGGACUACUCUUGUUCGACUGCGCUGGAGGGACUGAGUAGAGAUGUGGAAACCAUUCUCCGAACAUGGCAUGUUGAUCGAGGGAGUGACCGCCAUGUCACAAACUUCUCAUCGUCAAGAAGUCAUGCACAACUGACACGACAGUCAGAUGAUCUCAGUUCGAAACUGAUACGAAGCAACACCAUUAUUUGGAACUUUAGCGUGACAGAUAAAGCUGGAGGGCGAUCUUCUGUAACAAUGGAUCUAGAGUUAUGUCUAUGGGAUACUCCAGGAGAUAUCAUGGUGACGGAUGAAUCAGAAGAAAAGGAGAUGUCAACAUUGGUUCGAUCAUUAAGGCGGUCCCCUUUUGCGACAAUGUCGUCACAUGAUUACUUGUUUGAUAAUUUUUCAACACUGUUUGGAAUCGGACAACACAUUUCAUUAUCACCCAUCCAAACAGAACCAAUGCCGUCAAACCUCUCGGAAUACUUGGGAUCUACUCUUUUGCAAAGACAUGACGACACGAAUACGAUAUCUUGGGUUUUGGCCAGCACCUUGUCAGGCUGGCUUCAAACGGCUCUAAAUUGUGCAGUUUCAAACUGCCAAUGCUGUAUUCCUGCCUUUGGAAUCUGGGGAGAAUACCGACCCAACGUACUCCUACCACAAUAUUUGAAUCGAAGGAAUUCGUUAGGUCCCGGUAGUAGCAAUCAGAGCAUCACAAAUUCGUCUCGAAGGGCCAUGGAUAGCAAUCAAAGUUAUGUAUCCGAUUCCACGGAUAUGCUACUAGGGAAAACUAUUCACACACAAGCAUCUAACUCGGCUGCAGAAGGUGUUAACAUUUUUCCAAAAUGGAUCGACGGUGUGCGACGAGUUACCCUUCCAACUGUUGGACGCAAGUACAAACAGAAGGCACAAGCUUUUUGGAAUUCAAGGUUCAUACCGCCAGUGAUUACUGGAACUGUUAUUCGACCAGGAAGUAGACUGGAACAACCAGCGACUUCUGCGACCAUGUCAAUAUCUGUCGUCUCAUCCAGCCAUCAAAGUAAAAUUGCAAAGAGAUCUAGACUAUCGAUUUGGGCAAGCAUUCUCUUGGAGCAAUGCGAUGAUCCCACAGUAAUUUUGUGCGGAGCCCGACAUGUGUUCGGAUGGUUCAAACCUCGGCUGAGUCACUUGAAGAAACGCAACCUGUUUCGGAGCUAUCAAGAUAUACUUCUCGAAAAGGAAUCGCAGGCGUGGCGACAAGCAUCAGAAUUUGUAUUUGAUGCUGAUUCAAAUAGAUCAGAGGAAGAGGCAUAUCGACAACACUGUCGAGCUCAUGCUUUGGAUGUGCUGGAUGAUGCUUGGGGUAGCAAAGACCGAAAUGUACCCAUGUUUGGGCCCAUUGAUGACCCUGUUGCCAGUGUCUAUGUCACAACGACGUGGAAUGGCUCUGCUAAAAAUGACAAUGGUGUGCAAGACUCCAUUCUUGCAUUCCCGUUGAGAAUACGGUCAAAAAGAGAAAUGUCAAAACGGGACUACCUUGACAUGGAAGAAUCGAUGGAGAAGGCAGUCCUUGAUCCUCUCUCACCCACAAGAUUCACAGUGCAGGUAUAUUUCGACCGCGAGACUAGUGUUGCGACACUUGCAGCAAAUCAACGAUGUGUUCUUGCUGCACUGGUUCGAGCAGCAACCCUGCCUGGAGAAACCCUUCUUCAGCAUUUAACAGAGGAAGAAUUGGUAGCAUGUUGGGACGACAACGCAGGUACCGUGGUGGCAAGCAAGCUUGUAGAGAAAGCCAAACUUGGCAAUGCUACGAGGCAGCUCGUUGAAGUAAUGGAAUGGUCUAGCCUGAUCGAGGAUAUGAUAAGCAUCCGCGAAGCAGAGGCAAUUGUUCACACGGUGAUGAAUGGCCGAUUGACAGCAGCGUUUCCUGAUUCGCCUGAUUCUUUCGUUGAAACCGAUGACAUGUACACACCUUUCAAGAAAUCAGCCCCUUUUGGGCGUUUGGUUUCUGUUUUAUUUGCUGAAAUGGCCAAACUCAGAGCGUUAUCCUCCAUGGCGCUUGUUUGGGGGGUUUUCGUGGACGAAUUGAGGAGAAGAUGGGAAAUGAGAGAAUCAUUACCAAAUAUGCAAUAUGUGCCAGGGCUCGAUCCCCAUCCGUCGAAAAUGUGCGAGGAUCGCAAAUUUUCAUCGAUUGCACUGAAAGCAGAUUUAGCAGCAUUUCUCAAUUGCAGCGAACCAGACCCUGACGACUACAAUUGCUUGAUUGGACAAAAGCUACAAGUGUUCAACCUUGGAGUAGAAUGUAUAGUUGCAUCCGAACUAAUCGAAAACGAAGCAAUGGAAAAGUUCCUUGACAGUGGCAAGGUUCCCUCAUCUGCUGCUUAUGAGGAUCGCCACAGGCCGUCUGCAAUUGAGAAUCAGAACAAGCCAGACGUAUCUAUUGAUGAUUUGGAGGUUGAGAUUCCAGGACAGCAGUGGAUGUCGAAAGAUGGUGUACAAGGUGCCACCGACGGAAAACGGAAUUACGGGCCUCCGAUCAUCAACGCCGACCUGGAGUUUUGGGUUAUGGACGAGCCAGGACAUCAUGCUCAAAUGGACGAGGCUUUUGACCGCGUCCAUAAGGCUUCGGAGAUUGGAAAUGACGACCCUCUUGAUUUCUCUAGUGUAAACCACAAGCCAUCGAUGCUCGAGUCGUAUGACGAUACCCUGGAUUUCAAAGCCCAGCCCCUGCAAUUGAAUAUGCAAAAACAAGUCGAUAGGCUUCCCUCCAGCGACGAGGCAUCGCUUGGUUCCACCAUCCAAUUUUUUGACGCUGCAGAGGCUGGAAGCAUCUUUUCAAUGAGGAAUGGCUAUCUUGAUCUUGAUACAGGCGUCAUGCCUGCUGACACCGUCCGUCGACCAGGUGCUCGAUGUCCUGUACAGGGUGCGAUGAUUGCCGACAGUGGGGAUCAAAUUUACGCGCCCUACUUACAGCGACCGAGUCCUUUGACGGACGAUAUUGUAGUUGAGCGCAGAACUAUGCUGGCUGAUCGAGGAGAAAAGAGCGAGAAGAAGAGACAGGCGGCACUACUGAGUCGACUGGAUAUAGCGCAGCGGUUACAAAAACCGAAAUUAUACAGUGAUAUGUGCGCUUUUAAAGCAGCAAAUCCAGGCUCCAAACUGGAUGACUUUGCAAAAUGGUACGGAAAUCCUGCAGACCCAUUGAGCGACUACACUAAUCAACAGCAUAGUCGGCCACCUAAUAUGCAGAAGAUGAUUAAUCGCUCGGCUGGGACCAAACUGGAUAGGGCUUCAGAAGCAAUGCGAAUAUUGACAUCAACUCGCUCGUUUUGGACCAAGACCUGGGAGUCUGCAAAGCCUAUCCCAGCUUCCGAGCAGGAACCGCUGUUCGACUAUGCAAUGACCGUAGAGAUGGUUAUUGAUUUUCUCGGACAGAUGCACCCUGUGAGCUUGGUAAAUCAAGUCAUGGCUGUCAACUUGUCGUCCGCUUAUUUUACGCUGAUGUCGGCAGCUGAAGCCUGUCAAGAUGUUCGGUUGGUAAAGGCUGCCAUGGAAAAGCUCAGGUACAAGACGGACAAAGCGCUGAAAAUUUUAUCGAAAGACUCCCUGGGCGAGUCAAUGCUCAGUGUCAAGAAGGCGAGCAAGAGAGAUAGUGCCAGUGUCAGUCACGCAUCAACAACUUCGAUAGCCAAUAGAUUCGUUUCUGUCGAGGCUCUGAAAGCGUGCGAAGACGCAUGCGAUGCAUUAGGUAUAGCUGAGACGAUGGUAUCUCGAGCUACCUCUUUGUUGCACAAGUUUCCUGGUCAGUACACACUUGUCCAAGAUUUGCUGCGCUUGCCGGAUGGUGUGCAAGUUCCAUUGACAGACCCGAACGGACGACAGAGCAUUUUGAAGGGGGUUCAGCAGCAGCAGAAAGGUCAGCAAGACUAUGUCGCUGCUUCAGAAACUUCCGUGCAGCCAGUAAUGCGAGAAUAUGUCUUUCGCAAUCUGAACGAGGGGAAUCCUUGUCAAUUGUCUGUUCGUUUUGGUUCAAAAGACAAUUACUUGGAUCGAGUGGAUAAAGAAGGGGGUGUAUUGCUAGCUCUAUUGAAGUCUUAUAAGGACUAA